AUUUCCCUCCAUUUCAUGCUCUGUUCAGUCCCAACCCCAACUUGUUCGCGGCCGUUCGUUCAACCCAAAACGCCGUUCUCCGCCAAUUGCCGCCGACCACGCCGUUCUCCUUUCAGUUCAUUGUCCGUCGUGUUGAGCGUGGUCGUCCGUCGAACUGCACCCCAGUCAUCCACCGUUUGCCGUCCGUCGCACCUCCGCUCGCCGGCGCGUACUUUUCGAUUCUUUUAGUCUUGAGUAAAUUAUUCGUCGGUCACCAUAAAGAAUUGAAACCGCUGAUGGACCCAACUCCUCCACUCCUUAGCACUGCAGCCCCCUCCUCGAAUUGCGUUCCAUCUGUAGCAACUGAAUGCCAUGCCCUAUUUCCUAAUUCCAAUAUCUAGGCACUCAAUCCGUAAAAUGAUCCUGUUUUGCGUUGGCCGAUGACUGUGUGAGGUUUUCUUUUAUGGCUGAAGCUUAAAUUCGGUGUCUGGCCUGUUUCUUUGAGUUGUUUUACAUUCUUUAACCAAGAAAAUGGAAUCCAGUGCAACUCCUGGGCCAGAUGAUCCUUUAAUUCUCAAAGAGCAAGAUAAUCACAUUUCAUCAGACAUUUGGGAUGGAAAGGAAAGAGGUGUGCUUAGGUGUCUAGAGCAUACUUCCAUACUUGAGAGAUGGAAACUUACAGGAAAACAGAUUGAGCUAGUUGAAAGGGCUGGAUUCGGGUAUUUGAGAUUGAUGCCAGCAGUAACCCUUGACUGUGCGCUUAUCUCAGCAUUAGUGGAGAGAUGGAGAAAGGAAACGAAUACCUUUCAUUUUUCAGUUGGAGAAAUGACAAUAACACUUGAAGAUGUUGCUCUUCUACUCGGAUUGUCAAUUGAUGGAAAACCUGUUACAGAUGUGGAUGUUGACCCCAAGUCAGUUUGUGAAAAUUUACUCGGGAAAGCUCCAACAGAUUUCAAGGGUGCUGUGAAAUUAACUUGGUUGAAGGAGGUUUUCUCUGAAUGCCCAGAAGAUGCAGGGAUCGAACAAAUAGAAUAUUCUACUCGUGCAUAUCUCUUAUACUUGUUAGGCAGUACUAUAUUUGCCUCAACAAGUGGGAACAAAGUUAGUGUCAUGUACCUUUCACUAUUCAAGGAUUUUGAUGAAGCUGGGAAGUAUGCUUGGGGUGCUGCUGCUUUGGCUUUCUUGUAUAGAGCACUAGGCAAUGCUUCUCUUAAAUCUCAGCGCACUAUUAGCGGUUCUUUGACACUUCUGCAGUGUUGGAGUUAUUACCACUUGAAUAUUGGCAGACCCAAAUUAAAAAAGGACCCAGAGAAUUGUUUUCCGUUUCUACUUAAAUGGACGGAAAAUAGAAGUGGUUCUCGAAUGGGAAUAAAUUUGCCCACAUACCGUAAGGCCUUGGAUUCUCUUCAGCCCUCGGAUGUACAAUGGCUUCCCUACAAGGAUAUGGACUUUUCUGUUGUACCAGAAGAUAUCAAGAACAGUUUGGUCUUGCGCACGUCAAGAACAAUGUUAAUUUGUUUUGAUAAGGCUGAGAAACAUCUUCCAGACCGAUGUUUGAGACAGUUUGGCCUGCCUCAACCCAUUCCGAAGGACAUUGAGGAUUGGAAGCGGAAAAUUUCUUCAAUGGAUAGCAAGGAGGAACUGCCACCAGAACUCAAAGAAUGGGCAGAUAGAUAUGAGUUUAUCAAUAAUGGUGUUGAUAGUGCAGAUGAAAGUGAGUAUCUGCAAUGGUAUGAAAAGAUCACUCGCAAAUUUGUUGGACGAGCCGAAUCAUGGGAGUCAAGAUUUAGACAAACAAUUAAGGCUAUGCAUGAAGUUGUAAAGAUAGUGAAUUCGAUCUCCACGAAUGGGAUGGAUCGUGAGGAUCGCAAGUUAUUCAGUAACGUGAGAACUAUGGUACAGAAAUGUUGGACAGAAAAAUACGCUGAUUCACCCAGCGAAGGGGAUAGGGAUAGUGCAAAACGUACCGGGAAACGUAAGAGAGAAGGUUAAUCAAAUAGUGAUGAUGGUUAGUCUUCAUUCCCCUCUAAAAGUCAGGGUUCUGUUGCACUUUCGAAUUUUGUUAUUCAGCAAAGACCCACAAAAUGCCAGUGGUGGAAACAUUUUGACACUUGAGGAUGUAUGAGGCAGUUCUUGGGAUGGUUCAGAUGUUGAUAAAAUCUUAAUUUUCCUUUGCUCUCCGGACAAACAAUGGAGGUGGGGCAAUUGGGAUAUACCUACAAGAGUUUUCGGGCAAUUGGGAAUCAGUAGACUUCAGUAGAUGUUUGAUGCAAAGUUUUGGAAAGUCUCCUCUGCAAUACAAUUGAUCCGGCACUCUUCCUUGUUUUUCCUUUGGAAGAGUGAAUAUUCCAAGGUACACACCGAGGUAUUGGAAGUUAUUCAUUGGGUGACCUUUUCCAAUAAAUGGUUAGUUGAUGAUCACUAGAAACCACAACUUCUUUUUGUUGCUAAGAAAUAUCCAACUUGAAUAUAAAUGGGUUAAGACUUGUGUCGUGGACCCAUAUGACUUAAGUUUGAAUCUCCUCUUA